CAGUUGUUCUGCUUGUAGGAACAGAUGUCUCUUUCCUGGGCUGAUAGCACUCAGGGCCACAAGGAAAUUUUCUUACCAGCAGCUCCUCUAACAUAGAAGGGAGAUCAGGCCAGAGAUUGUUGGAAGUCAAUCACCAUGCCCACCUCCUCCACCCAACUGCCAGCCCUUGACUCUAUCAACUCCACCGAGCCACCUGACUCCAACAUCAACUUGUUCUCCAAGUUCAUCCAUUCAGACAAACAACUGUUCACAGAUUUUUAUAGCCUGUGGAUUGUCCUGAUGGUAGUCAAUGCCAUCAUUUUCCUGGUGGGUGUUGUCCUGAACAGCUUGGCACUGUAUGUCUUCUGCUUCCGCACCAAGACAAAAACCACCUCUGUUAUUUACACCAUCAACUUGAUUGUAACUGAUCUCCUGGUGGGCUUUUCCUUGCCUGUCCGGAUCAUCAUGUUCUACAGCACAGGGGACUGCAAGAAUUGUUCCUUGGUUCACAUCUUCGGCUACUUUGUCAACAUGUACUGCAGCAUCCUCUUCUUGACAUGCAUCUGCGUUGACCGCUACCUGGCAAUAGUGCAGGUGGAAGCCUCACGUAAAUGGAGGAACCCCACCUGUGCCAAGGGGAUCUGCAUCUUCAUUUGGAUCUUUGCCACUGUGGUGACUUUCUCCAUCCUGACCAUGGCGAUACGGUUUGCCGAGUGCUGCCUCUCCAAGAUCCUGGUCCUGAUGGUCUGCGAGUACUUCUUCCCCCUCAUCAUAAUCAUCUUCUUCACCACCAGGAUUAUGUGUGCCCUGUCCAAGCCCAGCCUCAUGCACCAGAGUCGGGAGAGGAGAAUGAGGGCUGUGCAGCUCCUUAUCACCGUCCUCAUCAUCUUCAUGAUCUGCUUCACUCCUUUCCAUGUGCUACAGGUCACAAUCUCCAUCAACCCAGACAUGCCCCACAACGUCAGCCUCCUCGUCUACCAUGUGACAGUGACUCUGAGUAGCCUCAAUAGCUGCAUGGACCCCAUUGUCUAUUGCUUUGUCACCAAUAACUUCCAGUCAACCAUGAAAAACAUCUUCAGGAAAACCGAGCCAGAGCAAACUAAUGCAGACAUUGUGGGUAUGAACAAGAACUCCAAGGGCUCCAACACAAUCAUCGCCUUCUCAAACACAAUAGGAAGCCCUCUGAGUUUGCCAUCACCAAGCAGUGUUCAGAUAUAACCCACAUCUGAUGGGACACAUUGCAGU